AUGAAGGUGAUCUUCGAGAAACUCAUCAGGUUCAAAGACGAUGACGGCAACGUCCGAUACGGCGAAGCACCCCAGGGAGACGAUCUCGUCGGACAGCAGGUCCUCGUCUACGACGGAGAGGUCCUGGCCCCGCUACCUGCCGCUCCCAUUAUCUACGGCAUAGGCCUGAACUACAAGACUCACAUCGCCGAGGCGAAGUGGCCGACCCCUCCUAACCCAUCAGUCUUCACCAAACCCCCGCGCGCGCUGAACGGGCCGUUUGCGGACGUGCACAUCCAUCCGGACUGCGCCCAGACGAUGGACUACGAGGGGGAGCUUGCGGUUAUCAUCGGUCGCGAGAUCAAGAAUGCCGCCUCGGAAGCCGAAGCCCUCGAUGCAGUCUUGGGCUAUGCUGCUGCCAAUGAUGUUUCCAGCCGGCAGUGGCAGAUGCCAGAGGUGAGUGGUGGCCAGCACGGAUACGCCAAGAGUUUCGAUGGGUUUGCCCCCUUGGGACCUGUUAUCACGGCCGCAGGGAAGAUCAAUCCGGCCAAACCCGGAGGACUCAAGCUUGUGACGCGCGUGAACGGGGCGGGAAGGCAGCGCGUCGGGACAGAUGAUUUGCUGUUUGGUGUUGGGCAGCUCAUCAUGCACUUGAGCAGAGGCGCGACACUAGAUCCGGGGACUGUGAUCUUGACUGGCACGCCUGGUGGUGUAGCCGCAUUCAUGGAGCCCAAAGCUUGGCUGAAGGAUGGUGAUGUAGUCGAGGUUGAAAUUGAGGGCAUCGGGAGGAUUAGAAACAAGUAUGUCUUUGAGCAGUGA